AUGUUAUAAUAAAUUGAAAUUGUACAUGAUGGAUCAAAUUUGAGACUUAAAUCAGAAUAAAUUGAUUAAAUUUAUGGUAAAAUAUUCUAAAAUGAAAAUUUUGAUAUAGAGCAAACAUUUAAUUUAAGAAUUCAAAAGUCAAAUUCAUAUAGAGAUUAAUAUAUUUAAAAUGGGUUUCUUAAUCAUUUACCAAUUAAUAAUUCAGAAAAAAAUAAACUUGAUUCAAAAAAAAUUAAAAACCUAUUUAAAGUUUUUUAUUUUUAUUAUAGGAAACACAAACUAAAGCUUUGUUAGAUUUAGUUAAGUUAGCCAACUUUUACACCUUAACUAAAUCACAAUAAUCAUUCUAUUAGAUACCAAGUUUCUCAUAAUUCUUAAACAUUUGAAACUCAACUAAUUAAAAUGAUUAUAGAUUUAAAUUAAGUAAAUUAAUCAAUUUUCUCGAAAGCAUCAUUACGAUCAAGACAUAUCAUGUAAUAGGAUAAUAGUAACUUUUAUUCCUCAUAUUUUUCCUUAAAAUUGCCUAUAUCUCAGAAUAAAUAAAAAUGUCUUAAUUCAAAAUCUUAUACACCAUACUAUCAUCAUUUAAAGAUUCUAUAGAUUAAUAUUAACUUAAUCUUGUUUUAAAGUACUUUUAAAAGUGCAAUCAAAAAAGUAAAAUAAGUUGAGACAUUAAUGUAUUAUUAUAUAAAUUAAUAUCAUCUUUAUAAGAAAAAUUAGAGGAUAAUAUUAUAAAAUUUUUUUUUAUGAAAUAUCUUCAAAUGAACUAAUUCAAUAUAAAGAUCUGAGUAAUAAUUUCCAAAAGAGUUUGAAAUUUAAAGAAUCUAAUUUUAUAAAUUUUCAAACAAAUGAACAAAUACUAAAUUCUUUGCCAAUUUUGCAUAGAUUUAGCUAAUGGCGAGAUUCAAUACCUUUUAGAGAAUUAUUAGGUGUAAAAUCUAAUGAAGAUAUUUAGAAUGAUUGUGAAUAUUAAACCUUAUAAGAUUAGUCAUAUUAUAGAUAGAUUCGAUCAAGAUUAAUAAAUACUAAAAGAGAAAGAAAUGUAUUAUAUAAUGUUGUUUAUUCAAAUCGAAGAUAAUUAAUUCUUCUUGUGAUUCAUUUUUAAUUAAUAUCAAUUUAAAAUAAAUGAGAAAUGUGUAUCAUUCUGAAGAUAAACAUUCCUUAAUUAAAAAUGUUGCAGAAACAAGUCUAGAUAAUAUUAAAUAUGAAAAUAACAAUCUAAAAGUAAAUAUAUCUAAGAUUAUACCUGAAAAACUGAAAUUCUCUUCAAAACCUAGAUUUUAAGCUUGUUAAAAAAUAUUAAAGUAAAAAGCCCAGGUGGAGGUCUUGUAUAAGACAAUUUAAAGAUUUGAAAAUCAAAAUUAUUUAUUAUAAAUUUAAUUUGUAAUCGAGUAGGCCAGAUCAAUAAUACCAUUAGAGAAGGAUAACCAUUUUGGAUUAUUUAAACAGAAUUUAAAAUUUUAGCCAUCAAUAUGA